AUGGCGCGCAGCGGCGGCGCGCCCGGCUGGCCGCCGGCCGGCAAGGCGGAGGGCGGCGGGGAUGAUGAGCAGCGGGGGGAGAUCCCGCGGGAGCUGGUACACCGCGUGGACCAGCUCAUCAAGCUGGUGCGGCCCGCGCGGGCCAGCGAGCAGAGGCGGUACGCGAUCGCGGAGUACGUGCGAGGGGUCAUCACGAAGUGCUUCUCACCGGAGCACAAG